GCGCCGAUCCGCCGGGGAAGGCGGGAGGGCGCGUGGGGCGCGAGGGGCGCGGGGCAGCAUGAGUCAGCAGCGACCGGCGCGGAGACUACCCAGCCUGCUGGUGGACCCGGCGCAGGAGACGGUGCGCCGCCGCUGUCGGGACCCCAUCAACGUGGAGAGCCUACUGCCAUCAAAAAUAAGGAUUAAUCUAGAAGAAAAUGUGCAGUAUGUGUCCAUGAGAAAGGCUUUGAAAGAGAAGAGGCCCCGCUUCGAUGUGUCUCUGGUGUACUUAACUCGCAAGUUUAUGGAUCUUGUCAGGUCUGCCCCUGGGGGCAUUCUCGACCUAAACAAGGUUGCCACAAAACUGGGAGUCCGGAAACGGCGCGUGUAUGACAUCACCAACGUUCUGGACGGCAUCGAGCUGGUAGAAAAGAAGUCCAAGAACCACAUCCGGUGGAUAGGAUCCGAUCUGAACAGCUUCGGAGCUGCUCCCCAGCAGAAGAAACUGCAGGCUGAGCUUUCCGACCUGUCGGCGAUGGAGGACGCCUUGGACGAGUUGAUUAAAGAUUGCGCCCAGCAGCUGUUGGAGUUAACAGACGACAAAGAAAACGAAAGACUAGCUUACGUAACCUAUCAGGAUAUCCACAGCAUCCAAGCCUUCCAUGAACAGAUUGUUAUUGCUGUGAAGGCUCCAGAGGAAACCAGACUGGACGUCCCAGCUCCCAGAGAAGAUUCUAUCACAGUUCAUAUCAGAAGUACCAAAGGACCCAUUGACGUGUAUCUGUGUGAAGUCGAACAGACCCACUCAAGUGGUAAAACAGCCGAUGGAGUAGAGGCCUCUCCAUCUAAAAGCAGACAUCCAGAAUGCCCAGCAAAAGAAGACACGUGUCCUCAGUGAGAGUCACUCAAAGUGAGCAACUGACGGCAGUACGGAGUGGUGAAGGUGUUUGGAGCCUCCUAUGUGGAUGAGUUAUGUGCCGGUUUGGUCCUCAGC